UCAACUAUCAAAAUGAGUUUAUGAGUCAGUCGUCGUUGAGCAUUGACCGAGAGCGGACGCAUCUAAGGAGCGUAGAGCAUAUUACAUUUUAAACUUUGUAUUUAUUCCCAGAAUUACUUUUAUUUUUAAAUAAAAACCAUCUUGACAGAAUCAGAAGUGGGAUAAGAACAGAAAUCUACAAGGAAUUUCAUCAUUUUGGAUAAGAAUUGCAGAAAAAUACUCAAAGAGCUGAGAAACUAAGGCGUCAAAGUGAUGUAGUAGUGAAGAGCUCAAUGCAAAGCAACAACGACGACCAAAGGAGAAACCACGCAAAGGCACCUAAACUCAAAAGUUCGAGUGAGUUUAGUGAGAGUGUGUAACGUGCUCAAAGAGAGCAAAGGAGAAACCACGCAAAGGCACCUAAACUCAAAAGUUCGAGUGAGUUUAGUGAGAGUGUGUAACGUGCUCAAAGAGAGCAAAGGAGAAAGCAUCAAUCAAAGGAGAAUGUACAAAGGUAUACUCAAAAGUGUGAGUGAGUAGGACAACGAUAGUACAUCAAGGAGAUUGAAAGCAAGACAUAAAGAGGGGAACCCCGAAGAAGAAGUUUAAAAAGGGAAAAGUUAACGUAUAUUUUUAGGGCGUGCGGCUUCUAAAAAAAAAGGAAUAGUUCUAGAUUUGCUGAAGUAACGAAUUAAAAAGGAAAAUUCACAAGGAAAAGUAUGAAGGUGAAAAUAAGUUCGUUAAAGGUUGCGGAGCUAGACAAAUUAUUACUGGCAAGAAGCUUACCACGAACAGGAAAUAAGUCCGAGAAAAUUGCUAGACUCAUGGCUUGCAAUGGAAAUGACGAAGUGGAAGUUGAAGAUUCAGAGUCACAGGAGGAUUUCCAUGGAUUUGAUGAAGCUGAGACGGGUGAUGAUUCUCUAACAAGUCAAAUGCGAGAGCUAAAGGAUAUAAUGUUGACUCUAGCAAGAAGUGUGCAACAGUUAACAACACUUUCAACAGAAAGGGCUAUUACGUCAAAUGCAGGGUUAAAUUCAAGGGAUACAGAACAGCAAGUUCCAGCUGAAGUAAUAUCAAGACAAUCUGGUUCCGGAACAUCUGGUUGUUUAAAGGAUUACAUAGUAAUGAUACCAGACUUCGAUCCAAUUAAAGGAAAUGUUACAUCAGUCCAAUUCAUUGACAAGGUUGAAACGUUGCAAAGGCUUCAUGGAUGGUCAGAUGAAACAACUUUGUUUGCAGUUCAUCAUAAAAUGAGUGGUGUUGCUAAAAUGUGGAUAGAUGCUUUACCAGUGGUUGAAACAUGGAAAGAGUUCAGACAACAAUUUUUAAAGGAUUUCCCAAGUCGAGUAAGUGUUGCUGACAUUCAUCGUGAACUUAUAGCUAGGAAACGAAACUCGAAUGAGUCUUUGGUGGAAUAUUAUUACGCAAUGUUGGCCAUAGGGAAAAGAGGAAGCGUAGAUGAGGCAUCAAUACUGUCGUACAUCAUAAAUGGUCUCAAUGAUAGCAGCUUAACAAGAACACUUUUAGCUAUGAACCCGCAGACAUGUAGUGAAUUAUUAAGGUCGUUGGAGAAUUUGACCAUACAAACGUAUGCAAGGAAGCAAACAAAGAAUGACGAGGAUGACAAAACCGCAAGUGUCUCAGGUGGAGCGCCAACCAAGGGAGUAAAAUGUUUCAAUUGUAACAGGUUUGGGCAUAUCUCAACUAGUUGCCCACAACCAUUGAAGAAGCCGAAGUGUAGUAAAUGUGCAAAGAUUGGUCACGAUGCAUCGCAAUGCAAAGGUAAAGGUACAACUGUGGCAGCAAUGACAGAAGCGUCUAAGGACUACUGCCCACCGGUUAUGAAAGAUGUCACGGUCAAUGGUAAGACAUAUGAAGGUUUUGUGGACACUGGAAGCGACUUUACCUUAAUGCGGAAAGCUGUAGUUCCAGAGGGUUGCGAUAUGGAAGUAACGUCAAAAAGAAUGAAAGGUUUUGGUGGAUCUAUUGUUGAAGUGGUGGAAAUGUUUGAGGCUAACGUUGUCAUCGACGAGGAGAGUUUAAUGACUACCAUUUAUGUAGUGCCGAAUGACUUGAUGCGAUAUGACGUUCUCUUAGGAAGAGACGUAUUGUGUAAGAAGCAAACAAAACUUACAAUUGAGCAUGGUGUCUUGAAAGUAAAGUCAACAAUGCCAAGUACAUUUAAUGUCGGAGAAAGUCUGGAUGAGCAUCAAAAGGAAAAAUUAGACCAAAUACUGUCGUCAUUCAAGGACUGUUUUGCUGAAACCCUUGAAGACCUUGGAAGGUGUAAAAAUACACAAAUGGAAAUAAGUUUAUCUACGGACAAGCCUGUAGUUGGUAAAAGAUACCAAGUUCCAUUUUCUCAAAGACAAAUUCUGUCAGACAUAAUUGACAAGUUGCUUCGAUGUUGUAUUAUUCGCCCAAGUGAUUCGCCCUAUGCAGCAUCAGUAUUGUUGGUCAAAAAGGCGAACGGUGAAAGUCGUAUGUGUACGGAUUAUCGAGCAUUAAAUGAAGUCACCAUCAAAAAGCAGUACUCGAUGCCAGUGGUUGAAGAACAACUUUCGUUGUUAUCUGGAAAUAAGUAUUUUACAACGUUAGACAUGACAUCAGGAUAUUACCAGAUACACGUCAAGGAAGAAUCCAAGAAAUUCACGGCGUUUAUAACACCAGACGGUCUAUAUGAAUAUAAUGUAAUGCCUUUCGGAUUAACAAAUGCACCGAUGGUCUUCCAGGAAAUGAUAACCCAAAUAAUACGUAAGUUGAAACAUCGGAGAAACAUCAUAAGUUAUGUGGAUGAGGUGAUAAUCCCGAGCUUGACGAUUAGUGAAGGACUCCAAGUACUAGAAGAGUUCCUAACCGCCAUAAGAGAAGAGGGGUUGACGCUAAGGCCAACUAAAUGUUCGUUCCUUCAGGAAAGUGUAAGUUUCCUAGGUCAUACAGUGAGUGCUAAUGGUAUACGCCCUGGAGAAGUUAUGUCGAUUUUCGGACAGCCACGAAGAAUUGUAUCGGAUAAGGGAACGGCGUUCACGUCUAAAGAAUUCCAACAGUUUGUGGAAUACAACGGAAUACAACAUGUACAAACAGCAGUCCGAACACCAAGAGCCAAUGGCCAAGCCGAGCGGAUCAACCAGACAGUUUUGAAUGCGUUGAAAUGUCUAGUAGGUGAUACAAAAGAAUGGGACACUGAGACAACGACGAUACAGUGGAGUAUUAACUCGCAGCUGAAUGCGACUACAAAGUUCAGUCCAAAUGACUUAAUAUUCAACUUUAGUCUCAGAGAUGUCAGUUACAAUAGAAUUAUCCAGGCGGUUGGUGAUGAAGAAAGAGAGAAUUUCGAUGUUAGGGUAAUUCAACAGCAGGCUGUUGCUAACAUCCAGAAACAAAAGGAAAAAUGGAAAGCAAGAUUUGACAGCCGUCAUUCCAAGCCAACUCAGUACAAGGAAGGCGAUUUGGUGGUGAUAGACACGGUACCGCAGCCUACAGGAGAAUCGCAUAAGUUGGAUGCGCGGUAUAAAGGACCAUACAUCGUCACGAAAAUUAUCGGAAACGAUCGUUAUCUGGUAGAGGAUCUGCCGGAUUUAAGUUUGAAGCAAAGGAAAUAUUGCGGUGUUAUGUCGACCGAUCAUAUGAAGCCCUGGUGCUAUGGUGAUCCAAGUCUCGAAAUCGAAGAUAAAGAUGAGUCUGAUGAUGGUUCGCCCAGGAGGGACGAAGAGUCAGGAGAGGCCGAAUUGUCAACUAUCAAAAUGAGUUUAUGAGUCAGUCGUCGUUGAGCAUUGACCGAGAGCGGACGCAUCUAAGGAGCGUAGAGCAUAUUACAUUUUAAACUUUGUAUUUAUUCCCAGAAUUACUUUUAUUUUUAAAUAAAAACCAUCUUGACACA